UGCACACACCGGCACAAUUUGUUUACUUGUUUGUUUGUUUGCUUGCUUGCUCUGAUGCAGAAGCGGUAGGAAAGCCAAACAAACCCCCGGCGCAGGAAAUAUUAUUCAAGUGGUGCCACAUUCCUGCUUGUGAGCAUUAUCAUCAACAUCAUCGUCGUCGUUUCAUUGCUCUCGGAUUCCCCUGCGUGCCCUUGGGAAGGGGGGAAUUCCUGUGUGCGCAAUUGAGGUUCUUCCAAUGACCAAUUGCGCUGCUUCCAUGCUGCUGGAGUUUUCGUCUCUGAACAUCGCGGCGUCGGCCUCCACGGGUCACAAGAGUGGCGGUGUUGUUGUUGCCCACAGCAAUGGGGUGAGUGCGAGAGUGAGCUGGAUUGGGCUCAGAGCGGGCGGGUUGCAAGCUGGAGGUGGUGUCAAGGCGUGCCAAUGGCAGGAUUUGGUGACGAAGGUCGGGGGCAGGUGCCGCUUGUGCGCUGUCGCGGGGGUUUUUGAGUCGGAGGUUUUAGAUACCGGCGAGGACGCGUCAGUCGGAGAGGCGCAGGUGAAUACGGUGAAGGCGGACAAGAACGGGCCAGCAAAAUCAGAAAAAAGAAAACGGGGUACUGUGGGACGGCCGGAGCUUGUGGAGGUCAUUGCAGCAUUGAAGGGAGGCGAAGACGUCGAGAGAACUCUAGCACCAUGGACAGGGAAAUUUACGCCAGAAGAAUGGAACAAGCUCUUGGCGCAGAUAGGGGAUGUCGAUUGGAAACUUGUCCUCAGCAUUUUCAACAUCGUAAAAACAAAGAGCGUCCUCUCAGCACAGCUAGUCCCCUCACACGACGUGGUUGACAAAGAGAGGAACUUAAAGCUCCUCAAGACAUUUACGACAGUUGGAGGAGUGCUGGCUAAGCAUGGGAGGGAAGCAGAAGUUGAGGCUCUCAUUUUGGAGAUGAGAAGCCUAGGAGUAGAUCCAGACACUCUUUUCUUCAAUUCUCUUGUAAGGGGUUAUGGACGUAUGGGAUAUGUCCACCCAGCUUCACAGGUGUUAUUUCAAAUGGAAAGAUAUGGAGCUAAACCUGAUCCUACCACUUAUGAAAGGGUGAUUACUGCCUACUUGGCUGGAAAGAAGCCCCAACUGGAGAAGGCAAUGCAACUUUUGCAAGGAGUUCGUGGCGGCAAUAUCAUAGUUUCAUACAAAGUAUUGUCGGAGCUGAUGACAGCAUGUUGGAAUGCGAACGUAGCGGAAGAUGCGGAUCUUGUUUUUCAAGAGAUGAAAGCAGCCAAUUACCAGAUUGACUCAAAGGUUUGGGUAAAGCUGAUGCACCUUCAUGCAAAAAAAGGACACGCCGAGUUGGUGGAGGACAUCUUUCAGCAAAUGCGAGAAGCAGGCGUGGAUGCCAAAUGUGGUUCGUUCGAUGCUUUGCUGCUUGCAUACUGUCGGGCUGGCAAACCUGAUCAAGCUCUUAGUGUUUUUCGCGAAUACAAGCUGAGCAUGAAGCCAUCGUUAGUAGCAUUUAAUAUGAUUAUCGAUGCAUGCGGGAAGGCAGGUCGAGAUGAGGAAGCUGUGCAGUUGUAUGUAGACCUCAUCGAGUGUCGUUACCGCCCUGAUACAGUUACAUACACCUCCCUGAUAAGCGCUGUUGUUCAAGCUGGUCGAUAUGAAAAAGCUGAUGAGCUCUACCGAAGAAUGUUGUCUGAUGGAGUGGAGCCAAGUGGUCACACAUAUGCCACCAUGAUUCACGCAUGUGCACGGCGUGGCUGGACAAGAUAUGGCCACGAGAUAUGCUUGGCAGCAGCAAAAGACACAACAGGCCCACUUAAUACUGCUGUUUAUGGAGCUAUGCUUCAUCUUUAUACCAAAGGCCGAUGGUACUCCCACGCAGCGCCAGUUCUAGACGAGAUGGGGAGAAAAGGAAUUGAACCCGACGUAGCAGGAUACGGAACUUUGAUUUCAGCAUGUGGAGAACCGGACGAUAAGUUAUUCGCACCUUUGGCUAGGGCAAUGGUGAACAGCCAGUUUGAACCACUACAAGUAGCCUACCGUCUGGUGUUUACGCCACCUGCCAAUGAUGCUGUCAGAUCUGAGCUCCCUCCACCUCCAACACACCACAUUGAUGACUCUGUCUCCUCGAUCACAUUUCAAUCUGAUUCUGUUGUUGAAGAGGUUGUAUCCUUCUUUAAAAUUUAUGCACUGACGAGAGGAGUGAAAUCGAAUUCAUCGUUCUACAAUGCGUUGAUCGACGCUUUAUGGGAACGACGUUUGCGUCUGCGAGCAAGACUAGUGUUUCUGGAAGCACGUGAAGUAGUCGAGGAUUUUCCACGUCCGCAGUACAACGACGAAGCGUGGUCUUUGGACCUCCGAAGCCUCUCAAAGGGUGCCUCGCAAAUAGCUUUCCUGCAUUGGUUAGACGAGGUUGCUGAGCGGGCUGCAGCAUGCUCAGUAAUCGCACCAAGGUUAUUACUUAUCACUGGUGGUAGAAAGGAAAUCGAUACUGAUUACAGGCCGUAUACAGGGAAAGGUUCAGGACAGGGGGUAGUUAGGCAGACGAUCGAGGAAGUUGUUAGGGCCUUUGGAAUUCCCUUCACUCAAAGUAGUAGAGAGUACGGACCAGCACACUUACAAGCGGAAACUGAACAAGUUGUCAGGUGGGUCUCCUUGUACGGGGAUCGCCUGCAAUUGGGUAAUUUGACCCCUUCAUAAAUUAUUUCCAAUGCCCAAGUUAGGCGAGUUCUCUUUUCAAAUGUU